CCGGCUUUAGCGCAGCCUUCACAUGGUGGCACUGUUCAAGUGCUCAUCCACUUGUAAAUGCUCCAAACCAGAUCGAAUGAACAAAUAGUAAAUCCAAAAAUCCAAUCUUUCUAGCCAAAUUUCUCAGCUUCAUUGGUAAAAUUCCCAGUUCAUGGUUCAUAACUUCAUAUUGAUAAGCUUGCUGUGGAGGCAAAGAUGGGAAACGCAAGCAACUGAUUUAGUUGAUUCCAAUAAUGGCCUACUACAGCUCCAACUACUAUGAAACUGGUAAUAGUGAUCAGGAGCUACGACACUGGUGUGACUCAGUUCUUGAUAUCUUACUCUGUUUCCCCUGAGUUUAACGAGCCUGAAAUUGAUGAUUAUGACGAAUAUGAUCCCACGCCUUAUGGCGGUGGAUACAACAUUGUUGCACAGUAUGGCAGACCCCUUCCACAUUCAAAUGAAACUUGUUAUCCUAAAGGCGGUUCCUCCUCUCCUCCUGAUCUAAAACCCCCCAAUCUCGUUGGUGCCAUUGUUCCAGUUAGUGUUGGUGGUAAUGAAGCAAUAGCUGAUGAUGAGCAAGCAGCAAAGCCCAUCAAAGACAUUAGCCUACCAGUACAGUUGGUUAAUGAAGAAAAGCAGCAACAGAAGAGUGAGGAGCAGGCAGUAGAUGAUGGUAGGCAGGUACUUGCAAUAGAAAAUGGGGAUGACACUAAAAGUCCGGGAGAGACUAAUCAAGGUGAGGUAUACAGUUCAGGGUUUGGAAGUGGGAGAGGGUUAUAUGAUCAAGUGCCUAGUGGGUAUGGAUUGGAAGCCAUGGACAUUUGUGAGAGUCUAUUUGGGUACUGGCCUUGCCUAUCUCGCGAUUUGAAGAGAUCAAAUUGCGAGUCAGUCAAUAGCCAAAGAUUUUCGUAUGAAGAAAGGUAUGAAGAUCCAUGGAAAGGAACUGCAGAUUAUCUGUUUGGGAGCUCAAAUCCAUAUGGAGAAAGAACUACUUAUCAUGAGUAUGAAGGCUACCGAAGAUGAUUAAAUAUCCACAGCUUAUUUGGACACAUUUUUUCUUUUCUGAAUAAGGGAGCAUUUCUGGGCAUUAAUUUUUUAUGUAACUUGAAUAAUUGUGUUGGUGAUAUUCUUUUCCUAAGAAACAUUCUUUUCUAAGUGCUUCUAAUGGAUUGUUGAUAUUGAUUGCAUUUUCUUAGAUUUGAUAAUGACAAUGCUUUAGGCAUGGUUGUUACUUGAUU